AUGAAACGAAUAGAACGUAGCUGGAUGUAUAAAAGGACGAUUGGGCAAAGUAUUAAUCCAGAUUUCGUGAAAGGAGUUGAUGAAUCCAUUCAGUACGUCACAGAUCAUCCCGAGAGUAGUAAUCCGGAUGAGGUUAGGUGUCCAUGUGUUAAAUGUAAGAACAAACGCCUUUGGAAUGCGGAUACGGUUAAAAUUCAUCUGUAUGGCAAGGGCUUCGUACCUAACUACUAUGAGUGGAUGUGUCAAGGGGAAGGGUAUCCGGGAGUUCCCGAACGGCGGUCCAAUGAAUAUCGUGACAUGGUUUUGGAUGCUUUUGGUCAUAGUCAAGAUCAAGGGCACUCCGAGGAGGCUAGUGUUUCAUCAGAAGAGGAGCCUAAUGCAACUGCUAAGCAUUUUCUGGAUUUGUUGAAGGCUUCUGAAAGAUGUGUUGAUGGGUUUGCUUCUUUGCUAAGUGAGGCGAUUCCGAACAACAACCAUAUGGCCGACACUUUCUACGAGGUGAAGAAGAUUGUGAAGGGGUUGGAACUGUCCCAUCAAAAGAUUCAUGCAUGCCCGAAAGGGUGUAUGUUAUUUUGGAAGGAUGAUGCUCAGUUGUCUGAAUGUCGGGUUUGUGGCAGCGACCGAUACAAGCAGACUUCCAAAGGUAGCCUUGUGCCUUUGAAUGUUCUAUUUUAUUUCCCGAUCACACCCAGGUUGCAAAGACUGUUUUCAACGAAGAACAUUUUGGAGGAAAUGACAUGGCAUUCGAAAAAUCCCAGAGUUCAAGGCACAAUGGCACACCCUAGUGACAGUGCAGCUUGGAAACACCUCGAUUGUCGGUUUCCAGAGUUUGCUUCUGAGCCUCGUAAUGUGAGACUUGGCUUGUGUACAGAUGGUUUUGCUCCUCAUGAGGAGUUGAAACUAUUGUGGGAAGUUGGCGCGACUACUUAUGAUAUUUCGAAGAAACAGAAUUUCAAUCUUCGAGCAGCCAUCCUAUGGACCGUUAGUGACUUCCCGGCUUAUGGCAUGUUGUCUGGUUGGGCCACGGCUGGUAAGAAAGCGUGUCCACAUUGCAUGGAGAAGACCAAAGCAUUUUGGCUUGAACAUGGUGGUAAAGUUUCUUGGUUUGAUUGCCACCGGCAAUUCCUUCCGACAGAUCACCCUUUUCGGAACAGUAAAACAACAUUCUGUAAAAGCAAAGUAGAGAAAGGAGUCCCUCCACACAUCAUGUCAGGAGAGGAGCUGUGGGAAUGUGUUAAGGACCUUCCGAAGGCUACAGAUGGACCCGAUUCCAUUAAAAGGCUGAAAAAUGAAAAGAAGGGGUGGUUCAAGAAAAGCACCUUGUGGGAGCUUUCAUAUUGGAAGCAUCUCCUCAUUCGUCACAACUUAGAUGUCAUGCACAUUGAAAAGAACUUCUUUGAUCAGUUAAUUCACACUGUAAUGGAUGUGAAAAAGCAUACGUGUGACACGCCUUCAGCUCGGAAUGACAUUGCUAAAUAUUGUAAACGUCCCCAGCUUCAUCUUGAAAAGAAUGAUAGAGGAAAAGAGAUAAUUCCAAAGGCUCCAUUCGCUCUUGACAAGGCUCAGAGAAACGUUUUGUGUGAGUGGGUUAAACAAUUGCGGUUCCCUGAUGGUUACGCCUCAAAUUUGAGCAGAUGCGUAGAUUUCCAAGCGUAUAAGCUCUAUGGAAUGAAAAGCCAUGACUGUCACGUGUUCAUGGAGAGGAUGUUGCCCACAGCUUUGAGGGAAUUGCUCCCUGGCCAUAUUUGGAAUGCAAUUAUAGAGAUCAGCCAAUUCUUCCGCGACUUGUGUUGCUAUACAACAUCAGUUAGUGACAUGGAGCGAUUGGAGAAAAACAUACCUGAGAUCCUCUGUAAGCUUGAGAAGAUCUUCCCCCCUACAUUCUUUAAAUCCAUGGAGCAUUUUCUUAUACAUUUGCCGUACGAGGGGAAGUUAUGUGGUCCUGAGGCCUACCGAAAGAGGGUUGAGGAGGCUAGCACUCAAAGGACUCAGAAGAGUCUGAAUGAGCUGUACUGGGAGACCGUGGGUGGUCGAAACAAAAAAGGACGUGUGAAGGGACUUGGCGGAAGUGCUGACCUUUACUAUGGCAGCCAGAUGGGUCGAAUUUCCACAUUUUCCCUCCAAUACACGCCCUCCCUUGUUUCUCAGAUGCAGGAUCAGGUGAAAACCAGGGUGCAGGCUCUUCGGCAAGAAAUGGAACGCUAG